AUAAAAGAAAAAGUGAAAGGCACUACUCCUACCUCUUUUUAUUAAAUGUUGCUUACUUUCAUUACGUCAUAAAAAAAUUACUUGGCUAUUUAAAUGAUGAAAAAUGACAUGUGAAGUAUGCCAAAAAAGCGAUAAAAAGCCGAAAUACAUGGAAUAACUCACGUGAUAUCUUUCCCUUAACGAAUCAGCGCUUUUGCUUAUUAUGCUCUGUAAUGGUUUAUUUGGAAAUUGUACAUCGAGAUGUCAAUAUUUUAAUGUUAGAUAAGAAUUCGUAAUAAAACUAAAAUAAAAUAUUUCUUUCCAGUGUGUAAUGGUUAAAAAGUAAUAUCCACAACUUCAAAAAUGACUACUUUGCAGAAAGGAAUUGAUAUGGUUACUAAAGCUACUGAAGAAGACAAAAAGAAAAACUAUGAUGAAGCAUGCAGAUUAUAUGAACAUGGAGUUGAAUAUUUUUUACAUGCCAUUAAAUAUGAAGCUCAGAGUGAUAAAGCUAAAGAGAGCAUACGAGCAAAGUGUGUCCAGUACUUAGAAAGAGCAGAAAAGUUAAAGAAAUAUUUGAAGGACAAGCAAAAGAAGCCUAUUAAAGACACAGAGGAUGGUCCUACAUCAAAAAAUAGUGGCAACAGUAGUGAUAGUGAUGAUGACCCUGAAAAAAAGAAACUUACCCACCAAUUGGAAGGAGCCAUUGUUGUUGAGAAACCAAAUAUAAAAUGGUCUGAUGUUGCUGGCCUAGAAGGUGCAAAAGAAGCAUUAAAAGAAGCUGUUAUUUUACCUAUUAAAUUUCCCCAUCUUUUUACCGGUAAAAGGAAACCUUGGAAAGGAAUUUUAUUGUUUGGUCCUCCUGGAACAGGAAAAUCUUUUCUGGCAAAAGCAGUUGCCACUGAAGCAAAUAAUUCCACCUUUUUUUCUGUCUCAUCUUCAAGUCUAGUUUCUAAAUGGCUGGGGGAAAGUGAAAAGUAAUUAUUUUUAUGAUAAUUUAUUUAAAAU